GGUUGUGGCCGGUGCUCCGCCCCGGGCCGGAAAGGGUAAUGUGGCUCAUAGAACCCCUCUCUGCGCUGUUGUAAGGCUUGGGGCAGGGUUCACCUUUAGCCCUUGGGGUUCGCCGGGUCGCCCGCCUCACACAGCCGCUCCGCCCACGGGAUCCAUGGCGCUCAGGGACGCGGCGAAAAUGUCAGUGACCUUUGAGGAUGUGUCCGUGACCUUCACCCAGAAGGAGUGGGGGCAGCUGGGUCCUGCCCAGAGGACCCUAUACCGGGAGGUGAUGCUGGAGACCUGGGGGCUCCUGACCUCACUGGGGAAACCUCUUCCCAAACCAGAGCUGAUCUACGGACUGGAACAUGGGCAGGAGCUGUGGACAACAGAGGGAGGCCUUGCUCAAAGCACCUGUGCAGGUAACAAAACACAACCCAAGACCUCACAGCCUACUGCUUGUCAGUUGGCCGUGGCUAGAGGAACCCUAUUCCGGGAACAACUGGCUCAAGGAGUCUCAAGGGACUCCAGGUUGGUUCGAACCAGGAGACGGAAAGGGCCACCAGAAAAGCAGGAAAGGCUUUUGAGGACAAGGGUAGUGUCCCAGAAGGAGAUCCACCAUGGAGAGAUAAUCCCUGAAUGCAGUGCUUUGGGGACACAUGGUAGUCUGUACUCAGGAGACUCACAGGCACGAAGCUCUCCAAGAGAUGCUUGCCAGGAGCGGGGCUCAGAAGGACCAGGUAACGAUACCUUGAUUCAUGUAGGGAAGAGCCUCUGUGAAUGCCAGCAGUGCAGGAAAGGGUUCAGCAGGAAUUGCCUCCUUACUAAACAUCAGCAGAGUCACACUGGAGUGAAGCCCUAUGAGUGCAAUGAGUGUGGAAAAGCCUUUCGUGAGAGAGGAGACUUUGUUCGACACCUGAUGAUCCACACCGGAGAGAAGCCAUACAAGUGCGUCGAGUGUGGGAAGGGCUUCAACCGCAGCUCAUACCUCACACAGCAUCAGCGGAUUCACACCGGGGAGAAGCCCUAUGCAUGCACGGAGUGUGGGAAACACUUCACCCACCACUCCAAUCUUGUCCAGCAUCAUAGGACCCACACUGGAGAGAAACGCUUUUUGUGCAAAGUAUGUGACAAAGCCUUUUGUGACAGCUCUUCCUUAAAUAGACACAAGAAGAUUCACGCUGAUAAGAAGCCAUAUGAAUGCACUGAAUGUGGGAAGGUCUUUGCCCAACUCUGUGCUUUCGUUGGUCAUCAAAGGACCCACAGUGGAGAAACACCCUUUGAGUGCAAAGAAUGUAAGAAAACCUUUUGUUACAAAUUUUCCUUAACGCAACACAUGUGGCUCCACACCGGAGAGAAGCCCUUUGAGUGCAGUGAAUGUGGGAAGACCUUCAGUCUCAGGGUAAGACUGAGUCAGCAUCAAAAGAUCCACACUGGAGAGAAACCCUAUGAAUGCCACGAAUGUGGAAAGGCCUUUACCUUUAGCUCAAAACUCAGUCGGCAUCGAAGGAUCCACACUGGAGACAAAGUCUUUGUUUGUAAGAGGUGUGGGAAGGCUUUUGGCCAGAGGGAUUACCUUAAUCGCCAUCAGGUAACUCAUCGUGAGGAAAGACCUUUUGAAUGUAACCAUUGUGGGAAAUCGUUUGGCUGGGAAAACCGUCUCAUUCGCCACCUGAGAAUUCAUACUGAAGAGAAAUCCCAUUAUGUAUCACUGCUGUGAGGAAGCCUCUGGGACUUGGGGGAGAUGGAAAUCUCUGUCAUGCAUGAUUGUGGUGGGUGGGCCAUGAAUAAAUUCUUUUCUCAGUACUUACCUAAUAGGACUUUUGAAAUUGAUGACAUUUUUUAUUAAAUUACAGGUAGUUCUGACUUACGACAUAUUCACAAGUUAUGACAACCUGUGCUCAUGACCGUCUUUUUU